AUGUCUGUCCGCUUAUAUCUAUCGAGAUUGUCAUGUUUGAGACAUUUCGUCCAUACUUCAAGAAAACUACAAUUUCCAGUACAUAUCAAAAUGCCUUCUUUGUCCCCAACCAUGUCUGAGGGCUCAAUCGUCAACUGGGUUAAGAAUGAAGGAGAGCAGGUAGCUGCUGGAGAUAUCCUCUGCGAAGUUCAGACGGACAAAGCAGUUAUUGCAUUUGAAUCAGAGGAGGAAGGUGUACUUGCCAAAGUAUUGGCACCCACUGGCUCAUCAAAUAUCAAAGUCGGUGGUUUGAUUGCUGUGUUAGCCACUCCAGACGAGCAUUGGCAAGAGGUGGCUGCUUCCGCCGUAUUACUAUCACAGCCAUCGACAGCCGACAGUACUCCAAAACAGUCAGAAAAAAACCGCACUAUCCAGGAACCACAGUCAUACCGCUUUUGUUCAAUGGGACCUGCGGUUCGUCUUCUGUUACAAUCACACGAUAUCGAUGGAUCUCAAAUAAUUUCUACAGGACCACAUGGUCAGUUGCUCAAAGGGGAUGUUUUGGCUUACAUAGCUAACAACCAGAAUAAACCUGUUGUAUCUGAUCAGGAAAAGCCAAUUAAUGAUAUCCCUGUUAUGCAAACUGUCUCGUCAGUAGCCACUUUCACAGAUAUCACGUCAUUGAAUAUGAGGAAUGCUUUUGCCCGACGUUUGUCGGAAUCAAAAUUGUCUGUCCCACAUCAAUAUAUUUGUGCAACUACUCGCAUUAAUCGUCUAAAUGAAUUAAGAACUGAACUGAAAGUGGAUUCGGAUGUGGAUUUUUCUAUAAAUGAUUUCAUCAUCAAAGCUUGUGCUUUAGGCUUAAGGCUUGUUCCAGAUUUGAACGCCGUUUAUGAUUCUCAAGCUGAAUCUGCCAUUUAUCUGAGAUCGGUCGAUUUAAGUAUGGCAGUAGCAACUAAAUCAGGGUUACUUACGCCAAUUUUGCAUUCUGCAGAUACACUUAAUGUUUCUGAUAUCUCAAAGUUGUCGCAACAGUUGGUGCAGAAAGCACGAGAUGGUAUAUUACAACCACAUGAACUUGAAGGUGGGAGUUUCACAAUCUUUAAUCUUGGAAUUUACGAUAUUCGAGAGUUCACCACUAUUGUGAAUCAUCCUCAAGUCGCUAUUUUGGCUGUUGGGAGUGGUUUGCCAGAGGCUUGUAUCUCAACAUCAUAUGCCGAAAAUGAAAUAACUUUUUCAACCAAUAUAACGCUAACAUUGUCAAUUGACUCACGAUGUGUAAGUGAAGUUGUUGCAAGUUCUUUCUUGAAGUACGUUUGUAGUUUGUUAGGAGACUAUCCGCAUCUUUUACUCGAUGGUGAUCCUGUUUCUUUGUCAUUGAAGAGUAAUCAUACUUCCUCUCAAAAAGAUGAAUUUGAUAAUCUAAUGCUUUCAAAAGUGAAUACAGAUAUUAUUCAAACCUUAGUUUGA